GGAGGCGCCGGGGAGGAGCCGCGGCUGCCAGCUUCGCCCGAGCCGAGCGAGCGCACUCUGUCGUCCCGCGGGUUCCCAGCCUUGCGGACCCGUGGAGAGGAAGGAGCGCGGGCCACCAGCGCCGCUUCUGCCCGCUGGAACGACCGGCUGGGUGUUCACUCGGCCGCUGCCGCCCGCCACUCCGGGCGCCGCGUUGAGCUCUCCGUGCGGCCUCGGUGACCGCCGCAACCCCUCCUGACACCUCUCCCCCGCCCCUUCGGGAGCCCUCGGCCCGGCCACCGCGGCGGGAGGAGGAGAGGAGAAGGGAUCGCGGAGCGGGCUGGUCUGGCCACCUCGCCCCGCGCGCCCCGCCCCUGCGCGCACUCCCUCGCCGGCGAGCUACUUUCGGACACGGAAAGUGAGGGCGGCCCCGGGUGACAGCGCGGCGGCGCCAGUCCGGGGAAGCCAGGUCUGUUCGCGUGUCGCCCGUCGCACUGUCCAGACCCCGCCAUGGCUUCGACCACCACCUGCACCCGGUUCACCGACGAGUAUCAGCUCUUCGAGGAGCUCGGAAAGGGGGCAUUCUCAGUGGUGAGAAGAUGUAUGAAAAUUCCUACUGGACAAGAGUAUGCUGCCAAAAUUAUCAACACCAAAAAGCUUUCUGCUAGGGAUCAUCAGAAACUGGAAAGGGAAGCUAGAAUCUGCCGUCUCUUGAAGCACCCCAAUAUUGUGAGACUUCAUGACAGUAUAUCGGAAGAGGGCUUCCAUUACUUGGUGUUUGACUUAGUGACUGGUGGCGAACUGUUUGAAGACAUAGUGGCAAGAGAAUAUUACAGUGAAGCUGAUGCCAGUCAUUGUAUACAACAGAUUCUAGAGAGUGUAAAUCAUUGUCACCUAAAUGGCAUAGUUCACAGGGACCUGAAGCCUGAGAAUUUGCUUUUAGCUAGCAAGUCGAAAGGAGCAGCUGUGAAGCUGGCAGACUUCGGCUUAGCCAUUGAAGUUCAAGGCGACCAGCAGGCAUGGUUUGGUUUUGCUGGCACACCUGGGUAUCUUUCUCCAGAAGUCCUGCGUAAAGAUCCUUAUGGAAAACCAGUGGAUAUGUGGGCAUGCGGCGUCAUCCUCUACAUCUUGCUGGUUGGAUACCCACCCUUCUGGGAUGAAGAUCAGCAUAGACUGUAUCAGCAGAUCAAGGCCGGAGCUUAUGAUUUUCCGUCACCAGAAUGGGAUACAGUGACACCUGAAGCCAAAGACCUCAUCAACAAAAUGCUGACCAUCAACCCUGCCAAACGCAUCACAGCCUCUGAGGCCCUGAAACACCCAUGGAUCUGUCAACGCUCUACUGUUGCUUCCAUGAUGCACAGGCAGGAGACUGUAGACUGCUUGAAGAAAUUUAAUGCUAGACGGAAACUGAAGGGUGCCAUCUUGACAACUAUGCUGGCUACGAGAAAUUUUUCAGCAGCCAAGAGUUUAUUGAAGAAACCAGAUGGGGUAAAGAUAAACAACAAAGCCAACGUGGUAACCAGCCCCAAAGAAAAUAUACCUACCCCGGCGCUGGAGCCCCAAACUACUGUAAUCCACAACCCUGAUGGAAACAAGGAGUCAACUGAGAGCUCAAACACCACCAUUGAGGAUGAAGACGUGAAAGCACGAAAACAGGAGAUCAUCAAAGUCACUGAGCAACUGAUUGAAGCUAUCAACAAUGGGGACUUUGAGGCUUACACAAAAAUCUGUGAUCCAGGCCUCACUGCCUUUGAACCUGAAGCAUUGGGCAACUUAGUGGAAGGGAUGGACUUUCACAGAUUCUACUUUGAAAAUGCUUUGUCCAAAAGCAAUAAACCAAUCCACACGAUCAUCCUCAACCCUCACGUACACCUGGUAGGGGAUGAUGCAGCCUGCAUCGCAUACAUUCGGCUCACACAGUACAUGGACGGAAGUGGAAUGCCAAAGACUAUGCAGUCAGAAGAGACUCGCGUGUGGCACCGCCGUGAUGGGAAGUGGCAGAAUGUUCACUUUCAUCGUUCGGGGUCCCCCACAGUACCCAUCAACUAAUUGUCAACAGUGCCACUUCUUCAUUCUGUCCUCAAGGCACCAGGCGGGUGAUCCUGGGACGUCCUCUCCUCUUCAUGCAUGUUUCUGAGUGCAUGAAGUUGUGAAGGUUCUACGUGUAAUGCAUAUGUGACACGUCAUCUUAUCAAUCAUGUGACACGUCAUCUUAUCAUGUAUUCCUUCCUGUACAUUGUUUACACUCCAGCUACCAGAUGGGAUGUUCCAUGCAAACUUCGGUUACUGUUGGCAAACUCUAGAGGGAGCUCAGACAAGAAAAUUCCACAAUAACUCCAAGUUCAGCUGAUCCGUCAGGUUUCUCUGUGUAUGCCAAGAUUCAAAAGACUUAAUUAAAAUUACUGUUCUCUGAAUGACAGUGUGUAAGAGGAAAGGAAAUCGUUCAAGAAUGCUGUCAUUAUUCUCUUUGAGCUUUUUGUUGGGAUUUGGGGUUUUGGGUUUUUUUAGGUUUUUUUUUUUUUUUCACUUUUAAGGCAAAUACAUAUAUGUAUAUGCCUUCAGUUCCUGGUGUGCUCCUGAUAGAAAUGAAUGGAUGGCUUUUCUCUGAAAGUGUUGGUGUUAGAUAAAUGGAUGGUUAUGUGAGCAAACUCCUGUGUGAUUGUAGGAGCAAGAAUCAUUUGGUGUUCUACCAUCAAAGCCAUGUUGAUUUGGGUCAAACUAUGUAUACUGGAAAAAUUCACAUCAUUUACUAGUUUGGUUGCUUUCAGACACACACAGUCCUGGUGAAUGCUUGGCACUGAUUUGGGUUUUUCUUUUUUAAGUCUGUGUUGUGUUUUCAGUGUCUACUAUUUGCUCCAUUUCUUUGUAUUUGUUUUAUUUUUCUUUUCUUUCCUUUAUAUUUCUCUCUCCCCCUUUCUCUCUCUCUUUCUUUUGUGUGUUUAUCUUUCUUUCUUUCUAUGGCUGGUAGUAUGUAAAAAAAAAAAAGUAACAUUUGUAUAUGAAGUUAAAAUAAAAAUCAAGGUCUUUUAGAGAAAACUAAAACUAACACUUCCAGUCUCUCCAGGGCUGUGGAGUUGUUAGAUUUAAAUAAAUAUUUAAAUAAAAGAAGAAUAAAAUUCAGCCUAAGCUACCACUUAUGCGUAGGUAUCCUUGCUAUGUGGAAAUUGUUGGGAUUGUUGAGACUUACGCUCACAGCAGUAAAAGCCUACUAUACUGGUUCGUCCCAACUACAGAAAUGGAAGACCAAGUGGAGUACAACCUGGGUCGGAGGACAUUUCCUGCCUCACUUUCACUAGCUAGCCACAUGAGGAGUAGUCUCCAUCUUCUUAGAGGUUGAACUUGAUCUUUGUGAUUCCUGCAGUUCUAGCUUCUCUCUUGAGUCACAGUAGCAUCCUUCUGCUGGGAGUUAAGGGUCCAGCUUAAAACAAAGAGAAAAAGGAAAUGCCCUAGUUUUCUUCUCUUCUCUCGUUUCUUCUUUGUCGAUUCGGUCCCUGGGAGGCUGUUUCUCUGCACUGAACUGCUUUAUGGUGCAUGGAGUAUCCAUCAGCGUUACCUCCACCAUAGCUGCUCACACUCCUUAGAAUCCUAUUUUUAAAGCAGAAGCAAAAAAAGCAAAAACUUAAACACCCCCUUCUCUUUUUCCUCAUUUCACCUUUUGGUGUUCAUUGCUAAUCACUUUAGAUAUAUUGUUGCUAGUGAAUGUAUGAUAGAUGGUUGAAGCUUUUCUGAUAAUUAUCACAUGAUUUAAAACAAUAUAUAUUUAAAACGAAUAUAUACAGUAAAUGUAUUGAGCCAUGUAACCUGCCAAUGAGAUCUGUGAAAAACGUAAUGGCCUCACUUUUCCCUUUUGGAUUUCUUUUACCUUUCUGUGAAGCAGCUCUGCGUGGCAUACAUGUAUUUAAAAACACAAAUAGUGGUAGGAUGGUUUGGUAUUUUUGUUUGGUUUUUUUUUUUUAACACUUUUAAAUUAGCAUGUGGUGUUGAAGAAUUACCAUAGAUCCAGUUUGUCUUCUGCACUAAGAUGUGAGGAAAUCGUGAUUUGUUCUCUCCAGCACAGUGAAAUUACACCUUCAUCAUCUUCUAUUGUUUGGAAAACACUGCAGUUUACCAUGGGACACUGUAUAUAUUUCUUGCCGUAAUGGUAAAUGACUGAUUGAUAUAUUUAAGAGUUAAUAAAUUUGUGAUUUCUGCUGACAAUGUGUCCAUUUUUAUUUCUUAAGAAAUACUCUAUAUGUGGUGCCGACCACUGCCAAGGACAUGAUGUCCUGCCCUGGUCUCCUUCAAUAAACAACUUACAGUCUGUGAUCAUCGCAAGCUGUUUGUUCUCUCUGCACACAGUGGUGCUGUCUGUCGUUCCACAGAAAACUUAGCUGAAAGGAAAAUAGUUAGCGGCUGAGUAUCCUAAAAGCUUGUAGAUGCACACGCUUCUGUCCAUCUCUUACAGGACUGCUAAAAUGUCCCUCUACUAACACAGAGCUGUCAGUCAUCUCCAGUACAUAGCAGUUACCCCAGAUGCUAUGAUCUCACAAUUACAGAUUGCUAAUGCGCUGUUAGUUAAAGCUGUUAUUUAUGUCCAUUCAUGUGACUCACUUUCUUACCUAGAACAGUCUUCCUUUGUUGGAUUAACCCAUUCUUUAACUCAUUCACUGAAAUCCAGAGUAGUGUUGUGCCUCCUCCAGUGAAUUUCCUUGGCAGCUCCUAGGCUUAUUUACUCUGUCAUGAGUUGCAUGGUAGUCUGUAUUCACUAUUCCUGCUGCUAUCCACAUUAUUCUGACAGUAUAUAUAUAUAUAUAUAUAUAAUUUUUUUUUUGCAUUAUCUUUACUGUAGUAGGAAAGUCUGUAGAGUUGAGAACUGUGCAUUCACAACCAUACCCCUACAACGAAACCAGAGCUAGAAAGGGAGGGGCUGUUAAUAAACCAUUGUUGAACUGAGACCAUACUGUACAAAGCAACCUCUAAGUGAGAUCAGGCAGUCCUGGGUUGAAUGCUGGGCUCUCUCAUCAUUAUCUUGAUGUUCUAAAUAAGCUGCUUCUUACCUUGGAACUUCAGUUUCCUUAAAAUGAGUGUAAGUAUAUAAAUUAAAUUAUAAUAUCUUAAGGAUUACAAAUAAUAGGCAUAAAAUCCCUAGAAUACCUUUUUUGUAUAUUAAAUAAGCGUUAUUGGUCAUGUUGGUAUAUGGCUAUGAUCUAUGGGCUACAUAGAAGACCCCACCUCAACAAAAUGUAUAAAUGAACCCAUGCUACUCACAGAGCCCUCUUGCUAUCAUUCCCUGUUUCAGAUCAGGAGGUGUGCAACCCUUGCUUUACCAUGGGGAGCUCUCUUAAGUUAAGCUUACUGUUAUUGCAAAGGAUGCACUUGCAUUCCAGUGUCUCAGCAAGAAGACGAGAGCCACAAAGGGAGGUAGCCAUGGCCCUGAAAAUACAAAAGGAGAUGGAGCUAACUGGUACAUUUUGGGAAAUUUUUCAAAAAUGUCAAUUUUAAGUAGCUAAAAUUUUGAAUUUCUAUGUAAAAGAAUUCUAUAUAAUGUGAAGAUAAAUGUAGAAAACACAACUUUCAUUAAAUAUUUGUUUUAGUCAUUUCAUUAAAUAAAAUCCUACUGACUUUGAGACUA